UGGUUGUGUAGGCGGCAUGGAAGCUAAACCAAACCCACGAGGCUGUGACGCAUUGCAUCAACACGUGGACUCAUAGAACGUGAUAUAAUUACGUUAAUCGUAAACUGAUCGAGUUAAAACAUUCGCCGUCAUAUUUGAAUGCGAGGAAGCAAACAGUGGGCUCCCUGUGCUGUAUAAGAAAGAUGUCGCCAGAUUUCGCUAAACUGCUGUCAACCGGGUACAAAUCAGAAAUCAACGGCAGUCUCUUAUGACCGUGUACAAUGAGUGAUCGACUAAAACGAAGACAUCCCUAUUGAAAUUAUAAUUGUCAUAAAUACAGACGACUAAAUAACAAAUAAUAUAACUUGAUAAUCGUUAACACGAAUUCAAUGACCUCUAGCGAUUCAUCAAAACAAAUUACUUCGUCUACAGGAAAUAACAAUCAGGCACUAAUGUAUUCGUAUCUUCGCUCAUAGCUGGAAAACGCACCAAGAAUAUUUAUUAUGAGGCAAAUUACUUCCACAGAAUUACAAGGAUAUAAUAAUAAUGCUGAGUUUCUAAGAUAAUUUCCGUCCUUUCGCGAUUGCCUUCGUUACUUGAAGUGUAUAAGGUUACUGGGAAGCCUUAAAAGGUCUAGCGAGUGCGCAGGCGCAAGCAUCGACCGCGCGCCAUUUUUGGACGACACGAGCAUUAAACCUUGGCGUUUGAGGCCAUAUCCAGAUGGCAGACUCCAUAAUAGAGCUUCUGUGGCCUAUGUGAGCGUUCUAACUCAUUAUGGGAAGUAAUGGUGCGUUGCCUACUUAGGAGCGGGUUGCGAUUACAUUUUAGAACGAAUUGACAGAAUUUUGGUUAGUUAGGACUAAUAUUAUCCUAGUUUACGUUGUAGGGUUAAACGCAUAUUUCGCCAGUUGGUGCUAUCAGCCGUUGCUUAAAGGAACACGACCUCGUUUUAAACCCGGGACGAAGAUUUGGUUGCAAUUAUCCGGUGCUAAGGAGGUCAAAGCACUAGUAGCCUCGGCAGCCCUUAUGAAUAAGAAUUAACAAAUGGCCAUAGCAGACAGACACCAUAUAAGUGAGGAGGAGGCCGACAUGAAUUUUGCCACAUUCUCAGCGGUGGGGGCUGCUGGUACACAUUUUGUGACCACCGGUGGCCAACUGCCAGUGGCCAAAUUACAACAGAAUGUCGCCAACAAUGGAACUGGUAUGCAACAGGUGUGCGUGGCGAUGGGCGAGGGCGGCGUGCAGUACAUGCGCGCGCUGGAGGGCGGCGCGCUGCAGGCCGCGCCGCAGCUCAUCUCCGUGCCCAUCGCGCUGCCCGGCGCCAAGCCUGGUGACCCACAACCGACGGUGCAGAUCCAAGUGCUCAACCCCAAUAUACUGCAAGCGCAGCAGCAACCCAAGUACCAGAUGCAAAUACCCAUACAGGGAUUCCAACAAGGUGGUGCGGUGUUGACAGUCGCUUACUCUCCAGAGACGAACGAAACUGGGAGCAUACAGCUAGUCGGACAGGGCACUUUGGGAGACGGUCUGCAAGUAUUGGCGGCGUUACCACCGGAGAUGCAGCUGGUACAACCCUCGCAGACACAAGACAACAAGGACCAUAUACAACAGAAUAUGCAUCAGGUGUACAUAACGCCGAACAACCAGAUAAUAAUCAACGCGCCUGAGAGCAAGCCGUUGAACAACAACACGACAUCUGACAACAAUAACUCGGGACCCAUGGAUAUUAUCAUUAAAGAGGAGUGUGAUGAGACCACUAAUGACGAUGAGAGCUCGCAGGGCACGGAGGGCGGCGACACGUGGCAGAUGUGUCCGCAGCAGGACCUCGUCAAGUACCUCAACACCUUGCCGCCACAGCAAGCACAAGCGCUCCCGGUAUCUCUGCAGCAGUUCCUGCGACUGAACCCCGCGGAAGCCAAGAAGUCUGACCCCGUGGUGGAGAUAGAAGUCGACAUGGACUCGCAGGUCAAGUCCGAAGAACCGGUCGCCGAGGCUGUGCUCAGCGAAGACGGAACCAUAAGAAUACUAGGCAAGAAGAAGAAGAAAUACAAGAAGAAGCCGCCGAAGCCAGCUCGGCCGAAGCCAGGACAGGUGGUCAUAGCCACCGCGCUGGACGGCUCGCCCAUCUUCUGCUGCCCCGAGUGUCAGAUGGCCUACCCGGAGAAGGAGCAACUCGAAAUACAUUUGAUUGCCCACAAGAUUGAGAGGCGGUUUAUAUGUGGGAUUUGUGGAGCUGGCCUAAAGCGCAAGGAGCACUUGGAGCGGCACAAGCUGGGCCACAACCCCGAGCGGCCCUACGUGUGCGGGGUCUGUCGCAAGGGCUUCAAGCGCCGCGAGCACCUCAACCUGCACACCGUCAUACACUCCGGCGUCAAGACAGAGAUGUGCACCGAGUGCGGGAAAGGUUUCUACCGCAAGGACCACCUGCGCAAGCACACCCGCUCUCACGAGAGCAAGCGCGCGCGGGACGAGGCCGCCGCCGACGCGCCCGCCGUCACGUCCAAUGCAGCGAACACUACCAACAGUAUCAUGCCCGAGAUUACUAUACAUAUACCAACAAGUUCGAACUCCCAAAUGCCAGUCCAAAUCAACAUCCCGCAACACGUGGUAUCAUCCUUAGCCGCCAGCCAACAACAGCAACAACAACAACAACAACAACAACAACAACAGCAGCAACAACAGCAACAACACGCAGAGAACACCCUGGACGCGUUGUUGGCGCAGCACUCGUGACGUCACAUCACGCAGGCGCCGGGGCUGCAACUGCUCACCCAACCCAUAGCGUAUCAUUAUGUCCUUUAACUGGUUUAUACUGGAUUUUGACGCCCUCUAACAGACAAAAGAGUUAAUGAUAUCUGUGUAAUACUUGAACACUUACCUAGACAGUGUAGUAGUGCGGUUAAUAUGAUACUCUCUAAAAGACAAUAUUCUUGUCAAGACCAUCGGGAGAUGAUAAAAUAAUACUGGUUUUGUUACUGAUCAUUUUUAUCGUUCUAUAAGAAAAUUUGUUAUACCCGCACUUCACUAACUACGGAUUUCUAUAACCUAUCCAUUGUUUGAUAUAUUCAGAUUUGACAUAACUUAUCUAUUGGAGCUAAUGUCAAACUUCUCUAAUCGCAAAACAACAAUGGAUAGGUGAUAGGUUAUAGAAAGCCACUGUAAAUCAUAAGGUACAUACACAGUGACGUGACCGGGUCAUGUAGUGACACAUAACUUUUACCAGUCUUGGGGUCAUUGCAAUGUCAUGACAAUAAUAUAAGACGAUGGCUAUACACGUUGAAAUCUGUUUGGAUAUGCCUGCUUUUAUUAUUCAUAAAAAAUUGUAUUAAAAUGACGUGGUUUUGCGUGACUUGAAAACUGAUUAGAGCCGGACUCUUAGACCCAGUUCACCGACAACGUAAACAUCUGUUUACUAUGAAUUUUCACGUUCAAUUUACAAAUUAAACAAUUGUUUAAAAAAAACGUUCGUUUAUGUUGUCAGUGAUAAUGGGCCUUUAAGCUCGCAUAAUCCAAACAGAUUAAUCUGGUGUUAAAACAUAUCUCUCUAGCCAGAAUCCAAAACUAGCUUUGACCUAAUUGUUACAAAAUUGAAGAAUCAAUGUACUGAAAUUGAUCCAGGGCGAAUAUGACUGUUGCUUGUUUGAACAAGUCAGUUACUUAACUAUAACAGGGUACGACACUAACUUGAAAUGUAGGCCCAAAAUUGUUUGUAAAAAGUAAAUGUAAAAUGAAAUAACGCUACAUUUGAUACGAAUAUGUUCUUAUUAACACAAAUGUGACCUUAUUUUAAGUCGUUUUAGACUUGAAAUAAAUUUUCUAUGUGAUUUUGAUCACGGAAUGAUUCUAGUUGCGAAUUCUUCGUAUCAAAUACCCGCUUAUUUCCUACUCUACGAAGUUGUGGCCUUGUAUGAGUCUGUAAAAAUUAACACGGUAUAUUGAGCUCUAUGAAGAGAUUAGAUUAUAAUCAUGUGAAGGCAUGUAUUGUUUGUAAGAGAUAUUAGUGUUAACACGAAAUCAGUCCAUCAAGUUUGAAAGUGAAAUGUGAUUAAGCUUGAAGCAUAAUGUUUGUAUAAUGUACAUAUCACGUAGUGUUAUUGUAUAAAUCUGUGUUUUGAUACUAAAAUUCCAUGACAUGACAUCUCUUACUUCGAGCGUUGCACAAACUUUACUUUGACGCUUGUAGAAAUGCGACGCUUUUUGAUACUUCAAAAUUAAUUGAGAUUCUGGUCAUCGAAUGUUUCCAUAGUGAUCAUCGUAUUAACAUAUCCUAAAAGGUUAUUUCACACAUAGUUGAUUAAGAUUUCAUAGAAUGAUAAUAUUAUAUGUAAUUUGAUGUGCUCAAUACAUGGACUCUUUUUUGAUUUUAAACAAUUCGAAUCAUAGUAGAUAUCAUCUCCACUGUGAUAUUUAUACCAUUAUUCGCUUUCUGUGCAUUCUCACUAACUUUCAUGUGCUUAUUUUGUAUACAAACUUUUUCUAUUUCCAUCGAAUUGUGAUAUUUAUUUAUUGUCCGUUGAUUGGCGCGCGCUAGGAUAACACUCGCUUAAAAAUAAUAUAAUAGUCAUUAUCUUCCUGUACACGACGAUCCGUCCCUUUUGGAAAUUAUUUAUUAUUUUGGUUUGUGAAUAAUUUUAGGAGAUUUAUAGUAUAGUGACGAUGUUUACCUGCCGGCCUAUCGCUUACUGAUCCUAGCGCGGUGACGCAAUCCAACGGACUUGAGCUGAUGAAGUGCAUCGCAAGUGUGUGGAGAUUAUUUGAUUUUAUAUCGCGUCGUUUGUUUUCUCACUGCGAUGUUAUAAUGUUGACAAACUUUCAUAGCCUGUGUUCAGUUUCAUCAAAUCGUUUUGUAGAACUUUUUUUCGAAUUAAUUAUUUAGAUUCUAGAAAAAAGGCGUACCUACUCAUAUUGUUUUCAUACCCAUUUAAUUUAUACGAAAUUUUAUCACACAUUUGCGCGAGUCAUAAUAUAAAAUGUUAAAUUUAGGCUUUUCCACCACACGAUAUUAAUAUUUGUCAGCUUUAAUGUAGGUGUAAAUUAUUUUCCAAUUAUAUUUUUGUACUUAGUGUUAAGUUUUGUAAUGCAUCACUACUCUGUGGCAUGUUUUGUAUGUCUUAGCUUAGAACGCUGCUAUGCGAGAUCAAGGUGCUCUAUGAACAUUAAUUAAGUUCUGCAAGUUGUCUCUGGCCAUCCAGAUGCCUUUGUUUCAUAUAUUUCAUGGUGUUAAAGUUAUUAAUUACGGAGAGUCCCUAUUUCUGGUAGCUAGAUAGUGAGUAAUUGAAUUCAUAUAGUCCAACUCUAAUUGUUUCCUUGUUUCCUCACUCUGUAAUAAAAUAAAUUGUAUUUUUGUACAUUUGUUGAUAUAAGUCUAUUUAAUAUACGUUGCGUAGUCUAGUUCGUUCGUCGUUCUAAAUCUCAAAUUCUUAUUUAAUAUUUUUGUGUAACUUUUUAGGCAUAUUGUGCGUACUUCGGUCGAAAACUUUACUUCAUAUCUGUUAUCAUGUAAGAUAACGUUAGCAGUUAACCAAUUUAGAUGCGUAUUUUUUAUUUGGUUUUAUUGAAAUUAGUUGCAAGUAUUAUAAGAUUAAGACAAAGCGAAUAGACCGUUAACUUCUGUCCGAAGUUAUAAGUGUAAACUUUUGUAUGAAACUUUAUUUAUUAAGAAGACACCGUAAGAGUAAAUAAGAUUAAAGAAUAAAAUCACUGAUUUUGAAA